AUGUCAAUCUCGAAACGGGCUACCUGCCGAUUGUUGGUCUUCACAGUCUUCACUUCGGUUGUCGAUUCGUUUGCCUAUGCACCAAAUUUCAUCACAAAGAUAAUCCAGGAUGAUUUGGGAGUAGAUUCUGAAUCUGAGGAAGCCACCAGUGCAUUGCUACCAAAAGAUGCCCAUGCGGCAAUAAAAACAAGAUUUCCUCCUGAACCAAAUGGCUACCUUCACUUGGGACACGCCAAGGCUGUCUCAUUCAAUUUCGCGGUUGCCCGAAUGUUCCAUGGAAGUUGCAACAUGAGAAUGGACGAUACAAACCCAACAAAGGAAGACGAAGAAUAUGUUGAGUCAAUUCUUGAGGAUGUGAAAUGGAUUCAAAGCGGUCUAUUUGAGGAUGAAACUCCGUGGGAGGGUGAUGUGAGGAAGACGUCGAGUUAUUUCGAUACAAUCUAUGAAUGUGCAGAGGCUCUCAUCAAGUCUGGGGAUGCCUAUGUUGAUUCUCUUUCUGCCGAUGAAAUGAGGGAAUACAGAGGGACACUGACAUCCCCAGGGAAGAAUAGUCCCUUUCGUGAACGGAGUGUAGAGGAGAAUUUGGAACUUUUCCGAAAGAUGAAAGAAGGAGAAUUCAAAGAAGGAGAACACGUCCUCAGGGCCAAGAUUGAUAUGGCUUCUCCAAACAUCAACAUGAGAGACCCAACCCUUUAUCGCAUCAAGCAUGAAUCUCACCAGGAGACCGGCGACAAGUGGUGUAUAUAUCCAAUGUAUGAUUACAGUCAUCCUAUUUCUGAUGCAUUGGAAGGCAUAACCCAUUCUCUUUGUACUUUGGAAUUCGAAGAUCAUCGACCAUUUUACGAAUGGACAGUCGAGAAGCUGCUUCCAACAUCAUUGAUAUCAGCAACUCCACGCCAGAUUGAGUUCAGUCGUCUGAACAUCCAGAACACAGUUCUGAGUAAGAGGAAGCUAAUCGGACUCGUCGAAGAGAAGCACGUGAAUGGCUGGGAUGACCCUCGAAUGCCAACACUUUCUGGAAUGCGACGACGUGGAGUUCCACCUUCUGCCUUGCGAUUGUUCUGCGAAAGGGUUGGAAUUUCAAAGACCGAUUCAAACAUUGCAUUCUCGGCCCUGGAAGAUUGUGCUCGCUUGGAGAUGGACGAAGCUUGUGAACGCGCGUUCGCAGUUCUAAAGCCACUCAAGGUGACAAUCGACAAUUGGGAUGGUGGAAUUGAAGAAUUCUCUGCGCCAAGACAUCCAAAGAAAGAAAAAAUGGGGGACCGUGUAAUUCCAUUCAGCAAAGAAGUGUACAUUGAACGAACUGAUUUUUUUGACCUGGACGGACCAGAAGGAAAGGAGAAUGAUGGAAAGGUACCGAAGGGAUACAAGCGACUGCUACCAGGUGACAAAGUCCGACUUAGAUAUGCAUAUGUCAUUGAGUGUAAAGAAAUUAUUCGGGAUCCCAAAACCUCGGAGCCAAUCGAAUUGAAGUGUUUUUACUACCCUGACACACGAGCUGGAGUUACACCUGAAGGAAUGAAAAGAGUUAAAGGAAUCAUUCAUUGGGUGGAAGCCUCAACAGGAGUUCAAUGCAAGGUGAACCAAUAUGAUCGACUGUUUUUGGCUGAAGAACCAGGAAAGAGAACUGGAAACCAUCUAGAUGACUUGAAUCCAAACUCGCUUGAGGUAUUGAACGGUGUUUUCGUCGAACCUAGCGUUGCAAAGGAUGCUUUAGAGAUGAUUGAGAAGGUCAAUGCAGAUUCCAACGAUGGUAGUCUGUACACUUCGUCUCUUGCUUACCAAUUCGAGAGAAGCGGAUACUUUGCACUUGACAAAUCAUCAACUGGUGAAGACGGUCUUGUAUUCAACAGAGUUGUGACACUGCGUGAUACAUGGGGCGUGGAUCCCGAGCAAGCUGGAAAGGCCAAUCGCAACCGUGGCAAGGCAUCUGGGAACAGCAACCAGCGCAAAGCUUCAGGAGGAAGCGGAGGCGGCGUCGUUGAGGACGAAAGAAGGGUUGCGUUCCGAGCAGCUACAAUUCUGGAAGCAGGACCGCACCCUGAGGCAGACAGUCUCCUGGUUUGCGAGGUUGACUGUGGAGAUGUGGCUGAGGAUGGAAGCCCUGAACCUCGUACAGUGGUUGCAGGUUUGGCUCAAAAAAUUGCAGCUGACGACCUUGUGGGCAAGCACAUUGUGGCAGUUACAAACCUGAAGCCAGCCACAAUGAGAGGCAUCGAAAGCACAGCUAUGCUGCUCGCGGCGUCAGACGGUAAAGAGGGCGAUGACGAGAAGGUAGAAUUGUUGAUUGUACCCGAUGACGUUCCAAAUGGUGAACUCUUGAACUGGGAAGACAAAGAAGCUAGCGAACCUGAUGGUUUGAUGAAGAGCAAGGGUGCACUGAAAGCUUUUGACCGAGUCAAGUCUGCAUUGCGCACAAACAGUGACGGUGAAGCAACCUGGACAAGUGGUGAUUCAACUCAUCGACUGAUGUCAUCUCAGGGACCCGUGAAGACAACCUCCCUCAAGGAUACUGUCAUUCAAUGA